AUGGAACGAACUGCUUGUCGAGGUAUCUACGGAUACUGUUUACGCAGUAAGGGGGUUAUCGACUUCCAGGUCCAGGUCUCGAGGUCUGAGCCGGGUGGGCAAAGAGGAGACUUUUCGUCCGGUUUCUCACCCCGGAAAGGACGGAGAGAAGUUUUCUUGGUCCAGGCCACUGUCGACAAACUCUCUCUCAGUGUUGUACGAAGGUAUGUGGGAGUGUAUGAUCUCAUGCGGCAGCACCGAAAAAGAAAGGGGUGGACGGUGACGGGUGGCUUGGGGAACAGAAACGCAGGACAAGCCUCCAGGGGCCAGGGCGGAGAGGGAAAAGAUAAGUCGGGAUGGCGGUUAGCAGGCACAAGGAACGGCUUGGGCAAUCCCCGUAUCCCGGAGUGCGAAGACGGCCCAGAGAUUCUCUCCCAGGUACGGAUACGUCACGCAGGGAGAUCCCAUCCCCGGGGAAAGGCAGCGCCGUUUCAGGAUGUUGGUCUUGGUCGUGGUUCACUCGUUCAGCUCCGUUCUGGCUGGGGUCUGCAGCUUUGCAGAUACCCCGUGCUAGGCUCGCCCAAGGCUUCCAGGAGAGCCGAUGGUCCGGCCUUUGAUGGCACUUCGUACUCUGUAGAUGGAGAGAGAUGGCAAGCAAUCGUCCGCCUGGCCUGUCUAGUUCUUGCAUCUUUGGGACGUGGGGGCUGGAAAGAAACAGCCGCCCUCUUCAAGGUAGCACUCGUGGCUUCCAUGACAGAUCCAGAUAAAGUGUGGCUGGAGGUCUACCCCUCUACCUUAGUCCGAAUGUGGCAAGUGCUACCAACAACAUCACGAGAGGAGGAGUUGAAGGACAUCAAAUUUCUGGAGAACUGGAGCUCCGCAAACUUCACCCGCCUCACGAGCCCUCAGAGCCGCGCAGCCGCCUUCGGCACUACUGCAAAGAUGGCGUCCACCACCUCGACCAACAGAGACCCAAACACCCUGUCAAACUAUGGCGCGUGGCUGACCAAGCACACCACCGCCAACCUGACGAUCGACUUCAAGGACAAGUCUCUCAAGGGCUCCGUCACUCUCGAGCUCGAGUCCCUGACGGACAGCCAGAGCAAGGAGAUCAUCCUCGACUCGAGCUUCCUCUCCAUCUCGGGCGUCAAGGUCAACGCCGCCACCUCGACAUGGGAGCUCAAGGACCGCGUGGAGCCGUACGGCGCCCCUCUGCACGUCUUUGUGCCCCAGGGCGCCGCCAAGGGCGAGGUGGUCAAGGUCGACGUCGACCUCGCUACCACGGACAAGUGCACCGCCCUGCAGUGGCUCACGCCCGCGCAGACGAGCAACAAGAAGCACCCGUACAUGUUCUCCCAGUGCCAGGCCAUUCACGCCCGCUCGCUAUUUCCCUGCCAGGACACACCGGACGUCAAGUCGACGUACAGCUUCGUCCUCGCCUCGCCUCUACCUGUCGUCGCUAGCGGUGUCCUCGUCGAGGGCUCCGGCAAGGAUGAGAAGAAGGGUGACAACACGGUCUACCGGUUCGAGCAGAAGGUCCCCAUCCCGUCGUACCUGUUCGCCCUGGCAUCGGGUGACAUCGCCACGGCGCCUAUUGGACCGCGGAGUAUCGUUGCCACGGGGCCUGAUGAGCUCAAGGAGUCGCAGUGGGAGCUGCAGAACGACAUGGAGAAGUUCAUGGAAGUUGCGGAGAAGCUUGUCUUCCCUUACCGGUGGGGCCAGUACAAUGUUCUUGUCUUGCCGCCUAGUUUCCCCUACGGUGGUAUGGAGAACCCGAUUUACACGUUUGCUACGCCGACCAUCAUCAGUGGUGACAAGCAGAACGUCGAUGUCAUUGCGCAUGAGCUGAGUCACUCGUGGAGUGGAAACUUGGUUACCAGCUGCAGUUGGGAGCACUUCUGGCUGAAUGAGGGAUGGACAACAUAUCUUGAGCGCCGUAUCGGCAUGGCUGUCCAUGGUGACGCCGAGCGCGACUUCUCCGCCAUCAUCGGCUGGAAGGCCCUCGAGGACGCUGUCGCUCUCAACGGCGCCGACUCCGAGUUCACCAAGCUCAUCAUCAACCACAAGGGCAUCGACCCCGAUGAUGCCUUCAGCACCGUUCCCUACGAGAAGGGCUUCCACUUCCUCUACUAUCUCGAGCGCCUUGUCGGCAUGGACGCCUUUGACAAGUUCAUCCCCCACUACUUUACAAAGUGGUCCCGCAAGUCCCUCGACUCAUUCGAGUUCAAGGACACCUUCCUCACCUUCUUCAACGGCCUCGGCGACGAGGAGAUCAAGAACAAGGUCGCCUCCAUCGACUGGGACACGUGGUUCUACCAGCCCGGUCUCCCGCCUAAGCCGGUCUUCGACACCACCCUGGCCGAUGUCUGCUACAAGCUGGCCGAGAACUGGAAGGACGAGUCCUUCAAGCCCUCCGCCGAAGAUGUGGCCUCCUUUUCCGGGAACCAGAAGCUCGUCCUCCUCGAGACCAUCGAGAAAUUCCCGUCCCCUCUGUCCGCGGACCGCGCAAAGCUGCUCGGCACCGUGUACGACCUCGUCUCGUCGCGCAACGCCGAGCUCAAGACGGCGUACUACAAGAUUGCGCUCGCUGCCGAGGACUCGUCUGCGUACCAGGGCGCCGCGGAGUUGCUAGGCCACGUUGGCCGCAUGAAGUUUGUGAGACCGCUGUUCCGGUCGCUCAACAAGGUUGACCGGGAGCUUGCGCUCAAAACGUUUGAGAAGAAUAGGGACUUUUACCACCCCAUUUGCCGUGGUAUGGUGGAGAAGGACCUUGGUCUUGUGUAA